GAAACUACCUUCUUCAAAUGCUUCUACGAUUCAUCCGGAAAAUCAUGACGGCCGAGGAAGAUACUUUGCCUGAAAGGCUGAGGUUUCACGGAGUUCACACAAAUAUUUUGGCAAGGAACCUCAUCGCCGAGUUUUUUGGAACAUUCCUUCUUUGUUUUAUCGGUCUUUCAAUUGUUUUCCAAUUCCAUGCUGGCGGUGGAAAGACAACUGAAUGGAUUGGAGUUAACAUAGGAUGGGGAUUUGCAAUUAUGUUUGCAGUUAUGGCAACAGCUAGGAUGUCAGGUGGUCAUCUCAAUCCAGCUGUUUCCCUUCUACUUUGGUCUCUUGGUCAUCUCAAACUUGCUUGGGUGCCACUGUACGCAAUUGCUCAAACCGCUGGAGCUUUCGUGGCUUCUCUUGGAAUGUACUCUUAUUACUAUGAACAAUUCAAUGCAUUUGAUGGAGGUAAUCGCACAAUCCUCGGAGCUACUGGAACAGCUGGUUGCUUUGCCAGUUAUCCAUCUCCAAAUCUUGGAGUAUGGGGUCCAUACAUUGAUCAGUGCGUCGGUACCGGAGUUCUCGCAUACUUCCUCUGCGUUGUUAUUGAUGAGAGAAAUCAAAUUCCAAAAAUUUGGCAUCCAAUGUUCUUCGGAUUCUUGGUAAUGAUGAUCGGAACUGGAUUUGGAAUGAACAUUGGAUAUCCAAUUAAUCCAGCAAGAGAUCUCGGACCACGACUCUUCAGUUAUUUUAUCUAUGGUCCAGGUGUUUUCCACUCUCCAUACCCUAACUAUUGGCUAGCUCCAGCCAUUGCUCCAUUUGUUGGUGCUCUUGUCGGUGGAUGGUUCUAUCAUUUCUCCCUUGGAAUGCACAAUCCUGACAUCGAAGAAGCCGACGAUAUUUUUGUUCAACAACCACCAAAAUCUGUAGAGCAACAAAAAUUGCUUCAAGCUUAAAUCUAAUAAUUAUGUACAUUUUUAUUGAAUUUUCAAAUGUUUAAAAAACAUUACUACAUAUAUAGUCUUGAAUCAAUAAAUUAGAAAAAAACUUAGAAAA